AUGGUUAAUUUCAACACAAAGGAGCUCAAGGUCAAGAUCUACAGCGAUCGGGAUGAUGGCACCCUUCCGUCCAACAGCGUCGACGCAAUUUGUGGAGCCUUGGAGUGGGCCUUUACUCACUCUGGAAACCAUCGCCUUGUCCUUUCGUACGGAAACCAUUCUUUGGGUGAUGCAGGAGAAACUGCAAUCAAGGCAAUCAUUAACGACCAAGGUGGAAAGGCGCAUUGUCGUGGAUGGAGGACCGCAAUCUUCAAGCCUGAUGGGGGUGUCAUUUCAACGUUUGAGGUCUCCAGCGGCACCGGCAUUGCUGACCGACCUCGUCCUCCGCACCGUCCUCCGUACCGCCCUGUCAACACGGCGGCGGAUGAGCAAUGGUUCGUGACCAAGACGGCGAAGAAAAGCAACAAGACUGUCACUCGUCGGACGCGUAACAACAGGAAGGCCGCCAAGAAGGCAGAAUCCGAUGACGAAGAUGAAGCCAUUCGCGGCCUCCGCAAGCUUCGCUUCAAGGACGAUAGUGACAACGACAGCACUGGCUCUGCCUUUCAGGAUGCCAAGGACCAAGGAUUGACGCAGGAGCUCUUUUGA